CAAUACAUCUCGCAAGUGAAGCUGUGAAGCUCCUCUCGUGCUCUGAGUGUGAUUCGCUCAUUGGUCGCUGAACUGUCAGCAGCUCGAGCCGCGAUGAGCCACUCACCCGGAGGACUGCUCACUCAGGGCUCUUAUGAUGAUGUCCCCUCAUCUGAACUUAUGUUUUACUCAUCUGCCAACACCGUGUCCGAUGUGUCAGCUAAUGUUUGAUUGACUUUAUUUUUAAAAGCAGGAUAAACUUUACGGAUUCAAGUUAGUUUUUUAAUUCACGGUAGUCGAACAUUCACGGAAGAAAAAGCAUCAGUGAUGGACGCCUCAAAAUUGGUUUUAUUGGCUUUAAAGCUGAGCUGCGUGUUUACUCCGGUUUGUGCUGUUCAGAUGUGUGACGUGGUAAAUGAGAUUGAGCUGGCAAGAGCGAGGUGUGAGAAUAAAACAGCAGGAAACGUCACAUCAGGCUGCAAAGGAAUGUGGGAUAUUAUUGCUUGCUGGCCAUCAGCCAAAGUUGGGGAACAUGUGGUUAUUCCUUGUCCAAAUUACUUCAGACACUUCUCUGAUCAUCAUGAUGGUAACCUCUCAAAGACUUGCACUGCUGAUGGCUGGACUGAAAUGGACCCAAUGGAAAUCGCAGUGUAUUGUGGCUAUAAUCUGAAUGGCACUGUUGACGAUGAUAGUUUCUUCAGGUCAAUAAAGAUUGGCUACACCAUUGGACACAGUGUUUCUCUCAUUUCUCUCACUACUGCCAUUGUAAUACUUUGUAUAUUCAGGAAGCUCCACUGCACGCGUAACUACAUCCACAUGCACCUGUUCGUGUCCUUCAUUUUGAAAGCCGUUGCUGUCUUCGUCAAAGAUGCGGUGCUGUAUGAUGUUGUUCAAGAGUCUGACAACUGCUCAACUGGCUCUGUUGGCUGCAAAGCUGUGAUUGUCUUUUUCCAGUAUUGCAUUAUGGCAAGCUUCUUCUGGCUUCUAGUGGAAGGUCUGUAUCUUCAUGCUCUGUUGGCCGUCUCCUUCUUCUCAGAGAGGAAGUACUUCUGGUGGUACAUUCUGAUUGGUUGGGGAGGCCCAGCGGUUUUCAUCAUGGCUUGGAGCUUUGCCAAGGCUUACUUCAAAGAUGUGGGAUGCUGGGAUAUAAUAGAAAAUUCUGACCCAUUUUGGUGGAUUAUCAAAACCCCCAUAUUAGCUUCAAUUCUGAUGAACUUUAUCCUGUUCAUUUGUAUCAUCCGGAUACUGCGGCAGAAGAUCAACUGUCCUGACAUUGGGAGAAAUGAAUCAAACCAAUAUUCGAGGCUGGCAAAAUCCACACUUUUGCUGAUUCCACUCUUUGGGAUAAACUUCAUCAUAUUCGCUUUCAUUCCAGAGAACAUAAAAACUGAACUAAGGCUUGUGUUUGACCUCAUUCUUGGGUCAUUUCAGGGUUUUGUGGUUGCUGUACUCUACUGUUUUCUGAAUGGAGAGGUCCAAGGUGAGAUCAAGAGGAAAUGGAGACGAUGGCACCUUGAAAGAUUCCUGGGUCCCGAUACCAAAUACCAGCACCCAUCCAUGGGCAGCAACGGCAACAACUUCAGCACGCAGAUCUCCAUGCUGACCCGCUGUAGCCCCAAGACUCGCCGUGCCUCUGCGUGUCAGGACGAAACCUCCAUCACAGUCUAACCAAGCAUCUACAAUGAUGUGGUAUCUUCACACCAGAAUGAGACUUUCCCACAUACAGUGUAAUUCUUUGGAGGUAUGAGCUACUAAACCUAAAAUUUUUGCUGAAUAUAGCGCAAUUUGAUGCCAUAGAAGUCACAGCGAGAUUCUUGUGAGUUGUGAACAACUCUAUCGGAUUUCGGAUCCCCUUCUUUAACACAUAAAUCCUGUAAAUAAAGCUGUGGUGAUCUUCUGGAGAGCAUAGAUAUUGUAGUUCUAGACCUUUUCCGUCAUUUUGUGCCGACUCGGCUCUGCAGGGACACAGAUGCAACAGCAUCAUCAAAAAUGAAUGAUGAUACGCUGUAGGAAAAAGAGGUUAGGGAUUCUCUACCUGGGCUGCUCUUAUAUAUAUUUUGUUUGUGAGGAAAGUAAAAAUGAAAAAAAAAGAAACAAAA